CGGCCCCAGCGAGCCCGGGAGAACCGGAGCAGGCGGCGGCGGUAGCGGCGGGCGGUGCCGGGGGCAUCGCGGCGCUGCCCGCUCCGAGGGACCGGCGCUGUGCCCACCUUGCAGCCCUGUUCCAUCCCCUUGGAUCCAUUCUCUCCCCAUUGGAACUAUCCCACCAGGACAGAGGAGCAGGCUUGUCCUUGUGGAUGCCCUCAGAACCGCUCCAAUCGUGUGUACAGAGGAAUCUGAGAUGAAAGAGAACUAGAUUCUGAUGAUCAUCUUGUCGCUGUUGCUGUCACCUGUUUUGACAGGAAGCAUGUAAGAAAAUUCAGCUGAUAUGCAAAAGUGGUCACUCUCCAUGUGUGACUGAAAAAACAAGAGAAGUUUGGAUUUAUUAAGAGCUGCAGGAAACUUUUGAGAAAAAAAUGUUCUGUGGGUAAAGAGGAAAGAGGUUGAUAAACAUCAAAUGCAAAUUAACAAGCAACAAAGCUGCUUUGUCCAUCAGGGAUGUGAAAUUGAGGAUAAAAAACUUUAACAUGCCUCGUAGCCCUACAUCAAGUGAAGAUGAAAUGGCACAAAGCUUCUCUGACUAUUCUGUUGAGUCUGAAUCAGACAGCUCCAAAGAAGAAACUAUUUAUGACACAAUUAGAGCAACUGCAGAAAAGCCAAGCAGCAGAAUGGAAGACAGUCAGAGCAACACUUUAGUGAUUCGAAUUAUCAUACCUGACCUGCAGCAAACGAAAUGCAUUCGAUUUAACCCAGAAGCUUCAGUGUGGGUUGCAAAGCAGCGGAUUUUGUGCACUCUGAACCAGAGUUUGAAAGAUGUCCUGAAUUAUGGACUGUUCCAGCCUGCAAGCAAUGGGAGAGAUGGGAAGUUUUUGGAUGAGGAAAGACUUCUGAGGGAAUACCCACAGCCAGUCAAUAAAGGAGUUCCUUCACUUGAGUUUCGCUACAAGAAGAGAGUGUACAGACAGUUCAACCUCGAUGAAAAGCAGCUGGCCAAGCUUCACACCAAGGCCAAUUUGAAAAAAUUUAUGGAUCAUGUCCACCAUCUCUCUGUGGAAAAAAUGACCAAGAUGUUGGACCGAGGACUGGACCCAAACUAUCAUGACUUGGAAAGCGGAGAAACACCCCUAACUUUGGCAGCUCAGCUUGACAACACAGUAGAAGUGAUAAAAGCCCUGAAAAAUGGAGGAGCACAUUUAGACUUCAGAGCCAAAGAUGGAAUGACUGCUCUGCACAAAGCAGCCAGAGCCAAGAACCAAGUAGCCCUCAAGACCCUUUUAGAGCUGGGAGCAUCUCCCAACUACAAGGACAGCUGUGGCCUGACCCCGCUGUACCACACAGCCGUGGUGGGAGGGGACCCUUUCUGCUGUGAGCUCUUACUCCAUGAACAUGCUACAGUCAGCUGCAAGGAUGAAAAUGGAUGGCAAGAAAUUCAUCAGGCUUGCAGGUAUGGACACGUCCAGCACCUGGAGCACCUCCUGUUCUACGGCGCUGACAUGUGCGCGCAGAACGCCUCGGGGAACACGGCCCUGCACAUCUGUGCCCUCUACAACCAGGAGAGCUGUGCAAGGGUGCUGCUGUUCCGGGGAGCCAACAAGGAGAUCAAGAAUUACAACAGCCAGUCCCCAUUUCAGGUGGCUAUAAUAGCGGGAAAUUUUGAGCUUGCUGAAUACAUCAAGAAUCACAGAGAAGCUGAUAUUGGAUCCAGCUUCCCAUAUUCAAGUAGAAGUCCCUGGAAUCCGUUGCUGUCAGUGCCCUUUAGGGAGGCUCCCACCUACUCCAACAGGAGGAGGAGGCCUCCCAGCACCUUGGCAGCCCCCCGGAUCCUGCUCCGCUCCAACAGCGACAACAACCUGAACAUCAACAACCUCCCCGAGUGGUCAGCCUCCUCCUCUGCCUCUUCACACCGCAGCCUUUCCCCUCACCUGCUCCAACAGAUGCAGAAUAAUCCCAAUGGAACUGUAAAAACUGUGGGGAGUUACACUCCGUCCUCCCGGAGCCGCUCGCCGUCCCUCAACAGGCUGGGAGAGGAUGCCAAGAGGCAGCAGCACAGGCACAUCAGUGCCGUUUACAGUCCCAGUGCCAACAAAGAUACUCUGUCUGCCUUGGAUUAUCAGGGUCCCAAAAGGAAGCUCUACAGUGCUGUCCCUGGGAGACUUUUUAUCGUUGUAAAGCCAUAUCAACCUCAAGGGGAAGGGGAAAUUCACCUGCACAAAGGAGACAGAGUCAAAGUGCUGAGCAUCGGAGAAGGUGGAUUCUGGGAAGGCAGCACCCGGGGACAUAUUGGCUGGUUUCCUGCAGAGUGUGUGGAAGAAGUUCAGUGCAAACCAAAUGAAAGCAAACCAGAAACACGAACAGAUAGAACAAAGAAGCUGUUUAGACACUACACUGUUGGAUCCUAUGACAGCUUUGAUGCUUCAAGUGACUGCAUAAUAGAAGAAAAGGCAGUGGUCCUGCAGAAAAAAGACAAUGAAGGAUUUGGAUUUGUGCUCAGAGGGGCAAAAGCUGACACACCAAUUGAAGAAUUCACCCCAACUCCAGCCUUUCCUGCUUUGCAGUACUUGGAAUCUGUGGAUGAAGGGGGAGUAGCAUGGCAAGCUGGCCUGAGAACUGGAGACUUUUUGAUCGAGGUUAAUAAUGAGAACGUAGUGAAAGUUGGCCACAGGCAGGUGGUGAACAUGAUUCGACAGGGGGGCAAUCACCUCGUGCUGAAGGUUGUCACAGUAACCAGGAAUCUUGAUCCAGAUGACACAGCAAGGAAGAAAGCCCCACCACCUCCUAAGCGAGCUCCAACCACUGCACUGACCCUGCGCUCUAAGUCCAUGACCUCAGAGCUUGAAGAGCUUGCUUCAGUACGGAAGAAGAAGGAUAUUCUCCCUUCACAUUUUGAAGGUUUGAAGAAGAGGAUUGUUUUUCGAGUCACACUAAAUAAGGUGGAUGAAAUAGUGCCAGUUUCCAAGCCAUCAAGAAUUGCAGACAAUGCAACUGUGGACUCCAGAGUGGCAACUAUAAAACAGCGGCCUUCUAGUAGAUGUUUUCCCUCAGCUACAGAUAUGAAUUCCAUGUAUGAGAGACAGGGUAUUGCUGUGAUGACACCCACUGUCCCAGGGAGCCCUCAAGGUCCUUUUCUGGGUAUACCUCGGGGUACAAUGAGAAGACAAAAAUCUAUAGGAAUAACAGAGGAAGAGCGGCAGUUUCUGGCCCCUCCUAUGCUGAAGUUUACCAGGAGUCUUUCAAUGCCUGACACCUCUGAAGAUAUCCCACCACCACCACAGUCCUUACCUCCCUCACCACCACCACCUUCCCCCUCUCUGUACAACUCUCCCAAAUCCCUGACAACCCGGAGCUACGGAACGAUCAAACCUCCAUUUAACCAGAAUUCAGGUGCAAAAAUCUCUUUGGUUAGGCCCGAGAGCGUGGGGACCAUGAUAAGGGACAAAGGGAUCUAUUACCGGCGGGAGCUGGACCGAUACUCCCUGGACUCGGAAGACCUGUACAACCGGAGUGCCGCAGCUCAGGCCAAUUUCAGGAGCAAGAGGGGCCAGAUGCCGGAAAAUCCCUAUUCUGAGGUUGGGAAGAUUGCCAGCAAAGCCGUUUACGUGCCAGCCAAGCCAGCCAGGAGGAAGGGGAUGCUGGUGAAACAAUCCAACGUGGAGGACAGUCCAGAAAAGACCUGCUCUAUUCCAAUCCCAACCAUCAUCGUCAAAGAGCCAUCCACCAGCAGCAGCGGGAAAAGCAGCCAAGGGAGCAGCAUGGAGAUCGAUCCUCAGUCUUCGGAGCAGCCCGGACAGCUCCGGCCUGACGACAGCUUGGGAGUCAGCAGUCCGUUUGCAGCAGCCAUCGCAGGGGCCGUGAGGGACAGGGAAAAGAGGCUGGAGGCGAGGCGCAAUUCCCCAGCCUUCCUCUCCACAGACCUGGGAGAUGAGGACGUUGGAUUAACCCCACCAACACCGCGGAUGAGGCAGUCCAAGUUCACCGAGGAGGCAAUGUUCAGCAGUGAGGAUGGUUUCAGACAGCUCAUGUCACCAUCUCCGAUCCCCGCCCCCAGGGAGCCCGAAAACCUUUUCAACAGUAGUGAGCCUAGCAACCAGAGUGACUCAAGGACAUUGAAUGCUCCAUCCAAAACGAAAGGCACUGACAACAGCAUGGCGGCAGCCAAGCCCACGAGCGCUCCCGGCUCGGAUAGCUACGUCCACCCAGUCACAGGGAAGCUGUUGGAUCCAAACUCUCCACUUGCCCUCGCGCUCUCUGCCAGGGACAGAGCCAUGAAAGAGCAGACACAGCAGAUUCCAGGAAAAGGGGACGCAGUCAAAACCGACCUUAACAAACCGCUUUACAUCGACACCAAGCUGAGACCCAACAUGGAAACGACUUUUCCUGUUACUGCCACUGUCACCAGGCAAAAUACCCGCGGCCUGUUGAGACGGCAGGAGACUGAGAACAAGUACGAGAUGGAUGCAGGGAAAGAAAAGAAAGCUGAGGAGAAGAAGAACAUGUUGAUAAACAUCGUGGAUACCUCGCAGCAAAAAUCAGCUGGCUUGUUGAUGGUGCACACCGUGGAUACGGCAAAGUCAGAUGAUGUGCCCGAGGAUGAGGAGGAAAAGGGAGCUGAGAUGGAGCAGAGCCCUGAAAACUCCCCGCCAGAGAGGCCGGAGGGCAGCGAGGAAACAGAGAGCGAGUUGAGCGUCCCUGCCGCGCCCGAGCCCCCAGCUUCUCCCUGCAAAACCAUUGUGGCCGCCAGCUCUGUGGACGACCCCGUCAUCCUGCCUUUCCGCAUCCCCCCGCCGCCCCUGGCCUCAGUGGACAUUGAUGAGGAGUUCCUGUUCACCGAGCCGCUGCCCCCUCCCUUGGAGUUUGCCAACAGCUUUGACAUCCCCGAUGACCGCGCGGUGCCUGGCUCGGCGCUGACAGACCUGAUGGCACAGAGGAAGAAUGGCACCCCUUCUCCCGGCCAGCCAGCAAACUCCUUGGACGGCAAAAAGCAAGUGGGCCUCUCAAACUGUUUGCCUGCCUCCUUCCUGCCACCCCCCGACAGCUUCGACAACGUCACCGACUCUGGGAUCGAGGAGGUUGACAGUCGGAGCAGCAGUGACCAUCACCUAGAGACAACCAGCACUAUCUCAACGGUGUCCAGCAUCUCUACCUUAUCCUCGGAAGGGGGGGAGAACGUGGAUACUUGUACAGUCUAUGCAGAUGGGCAAACAUUUCUGGUGGACAAGCCCCCAGUACCUCCUAAGCCAAAAAUGAAGCCCAUAAUCAACAAAAGCAAUGCACUUUACAAGGACGCGCUGAUCGAGGAAACUGUAGACAGCUUUGUGAUCCCUCCUCCCGCUCCGCCCCCGCCUCCCAUCAGUGCCCAGCCCAAUCUGGGGAAAGUUGUCCCCCAAAGGACAUCCAAGCUAUGGGGGGACGUGCCAGAGGUGAAAAGCCCGAUUCUCUCAGGCCCCAAGGCUAAUGUCAUUAGUGAAUUGAACUCAAUACUCCAGCAAAUGAACAGAGAGAAAUCCUCAAAGCCAGGGGAGGGAUUGGAGUCACCGACUGGAACGAAAACUGCGAGUCUCAGUACAAGGAGCACGGAAGUCAUGAGUACUGUCUCAGGUACACGAAGUACAACAAUCACUUUCACUGUCCGACCCGGAGCCAGCCAGCCGAUCACACUGCAGAGCAGGUCCCCAGACUAUGACAGCAGGACCUCAGGAGCAAGGCACGCUCCCAGCCCUGUGGUUUCACCAACAGAGAUUAAUAAAGACAUCCUGCCUGCUCCUCUGACUGCUUCUGCUUCAGCCUCAUCUCCUUCUCCAACUCUGUCCGAUGUAUUUAGCCUACCCAGCCAGCCCCCUUCUGGGGACUUAUUUGGCUUGACCACAGGGCGCAGCAGGUCUCCUUCUCCCUCAAUAUUACAACAGCCAAUCUCAAAUAAGCCUUUUACAACUAAGCCUGUCCACCUGUGGACUAAACCAGAUGUGGCAGAUUGGUUGGAAAGUCUAAACUUAGGUGAACAUAAAGAAACAUUUAUGGACAAUGAAAUAGAUGGCACACAUUUACCAAAUCUACAGAAGGAAGAUCUGAUAGACCUUGGAGUGACUAGAGUUGGGCACAGAAUGAACAUAGAAAGAGCUUUGAAGCAGCUGCUGGACAGAUAAGAAUAGCUAUUUUGCCUCACAAACUUCUGUUGAUAACUAGAGAUGGGCUGGUACUGACAUACCCCAAAUGCCUUGUCUGUCUGCGAGUGCCAGCAAAAUUGGGGGGGAGGGGGAAAACAGAUGAAUUCCUGGUACUCAGGUGAUGCAGACUGUCUGCUACAUGCCCAAACACAAACCUAAAGAUGCUAAAGAAGUGGGGCCAUUUUAUUUCCAAGCUGUGGGGAGAUGUGAGAGAGAGACAAUUGUUAACUUUAAAACUCUUGAUACUGCUCUUGGCCGGGACCAUUGCGUGACGAUUUUCUUUUAAAAUUGCAACCAUUUCAGGGUUUCUUUUACUGACAGAAAAAAAAAUCAUUUUAUUUUAUUCUCUUCUUGACAUACAGUCUCCAAGCAGACUUUCUUCCCCAGCCCUUUGUCGAUUUUAAGAGGACAGGUUGCUCCAUUACCACUCAAACCUAGUUUUAUCAGCAGCAGGGAUAUUGGGGUGGGCACAGGAGUUCAUAUUCCUCUUUUUUUGACUGGCAUAGCUCCCUGGUCUGUUGGCAGUGAAGCUGGUUGUUCCACUGGGGUCAGUCCAAUGGUAACCUUGCUCUGUUUUACCUGGUAUUUCUUUAUUUCUGCAGUGGUAUUUAGCACUCUUCCAAGGUGGCAGAACAAGUUCAGUGCACGCUCCAUUGACAUGGCCUGUAGGAUGGUGCGGAUGUUGAGUAAAGGCUGAGGAGGGACCACACUUAGAGGUACAGCAAAGUGAAGCUAGUUUGAACCUGAGACCCCCCACAGUUGUCAACCAGCUCAGCUGAUGCUGAGUCAAAAUAUGAGCUCCACGAGCCAGGAUAAACUUUGGUGCAGGCACAGCUUUGGGACUUGACAGUGAGACACUGAGAGAGGCUGAGCCCUGGGAGGUGCUGCUUAAUUCAGUGAGUGGUAAGUGCCUGGGUAUUUGGAACAGCAGGCUGAGAAGGAAGGAGAAGAGAGAUGAAUGUUCCCAUUGAAGUCAGUGGGAAGUGUGCCAGGAUCUGAAGUGAGAGAGGGAUUUCAGCCUGUUAGGAUGGAAAUGCUUCAGAUCCUUGAGAGGAGGCAGAGGUGAUGCCAAGAUGGAAAGAGCUGUCGAGUGUCUCGGGGUGCGUGCGUUCCGAGAGCCAGGAGGGCUGGGAGGGAUCCAGGCUCUCAUUUUAUCACUGCUGGCAGGAACUGGCUCUGGACAAGGACAGAGGGCUGGGCACUGGCCCCCAGCCCAUUCCUUGGCACGAGAGGUGGGAGCACCCUGCCAGAAUCCAGGGCUGGGAGCGAGGCAGAGAGAACUUUCCGUGAGACUUCCGUCAGCGGGGGAGAAACACCCAUAGCUGGUUCACACAGCUUUGUUUUAAAAGAAAAUUUUUUUUUUUCAACUUUCAAGUUAACAAGUCUCUCUCUGCAUGUUUGAACUCCCCCUUGUAAUUAACACCUCUGAAUAUCUGUGAGUUUUGUAGGACUUUCUGGACAGAAUAUUGAAGAUGUUCAAGGCGGGUGAAUUGGGUGUGGAUGGCUAAACUGCCUCCCUACCAAACUUUCAGGUUCCCUUACAUUUUGCAAGGUACCUGAACUUUCUUUCCUUGAUAUGGUCCUUGAUAUGGUCCAGCCUAUCUCUAAUUUUUUUAUUAUUGUGAUUAUUUUUUGCUCACAAACAAGUGUCUAAUUAGGUCUGCAACAGCCCUAGUAUGAGUACAUAAAGUUUAGCAUUUUAAAUAUCUUUCUUUACUGCAAGUUUAAAUAGUUGUACAGAUAGUUUAUAAGCACAAUAUUUUAAGAAAAUAAGUGGCUGGUCUACUGGGCAGCCUUUGUGCCACUUCAGUGCUAGGAAGUUAAAAACAGAAAAAAAAAACCAAACAAAAAAAAAGGAAAAAAAAAAACUUUUUGUGGUUUACUACUAUUUCUGUGGAAUAAUUAUAAAGUCUUGACCUUUUUAAAAUCAACCUCAUUUGGAUGCAUCUGAACCAGCAGAGCUGUGUUAUAUUUUCUAUCUUUGCUAGAACUUCUACAGAGGAGGAUGAAUAUUUCUUCAAAAGUGGUUACAGUUACCAACGCAUUGGAAACUCAUAAAAAUCAACUUAUUUAAGCCUCCUGCCCCCUUUAUGGAACAGCAAAUCUUUUGACUUAACAUCUGUUACUGCACUCUGUUUGUAUUUGGGGAGUUCCAAGGAACCUUGUCAUAAAAACGAAGCUCCGAGGCGUUUUGCUGUCGAGGAGUGCUGAGUUUUUCCAUGGGAGGUGUAGAAAAUGGCAGUUCCACUCAGACAGGUUGAUGCAGGCAACUUGAGGCCAUCACACACUUUAAGAAGUGAAAAAAAAAAAAAAAAGAAAAAAAAAAGGUAAUUUAGCCAUCUUUUGUCUUCCAUUUGGUGAUACAACAGAAUUCAGUAAAUAAACCACUGAUGCCAUGCUCUCUUUUUUUUUUUUUAAAUUUUCUUUUUGUUUCUUUCUUUGGGUACAGUUGCUAUUACCUCUAUAACACGUGCCAGAAUUGCGUUAGGAAAUAAAUACAGUAGUAAAAUUAAAAAAAAAAAAUAGAAGUUGACUUUUAAAGCUGCUUUUUUUGGAUCACAACCUUCCUGUGGGUUGAACUUGCCCUGAGCAAGGGCUGACACACCCAGUAACUCCCAGGUGGGACCGUCCCUUCCUCACCCAGGUGUGGCUCCUGCUCCUGCAUCUCUUCAGGUACUCCAAGGGCAGGCACAAAGCGAGCAGACGAAAGAGCUGUAAGGGAAUAGUUCCAUUUUUCACCUUGUGUCCUGUGAAGCAAAAAGGUAAGGAGACCUGAGGGGAGCUACUUGGACCACCAGAUGCACCUCUGCCAAGUCGAGUUCGGUCUCCAGCUCUGAGGGGUGGUUUGAAACAAAAAAAAAGAAAGCAAUAGUAACAGAUAACGCCGUGGCCUCCGAGUAUUUUCACCAGGGGGGAGGAGAGAAGACCCAUUUCUUUCAUGCUACUCUGAUAGUGAAAAACAAAGUCAUUAGAGAUCUAUGAUAUUCUGGGUUUUAGGAUCAACUUUUGUUUAUAUACUGUAAUUUAAAUAAAUUGCAUUUACAUGCCUAGUUUCUGUAAUAUUUGUGUAUACAAUACCAAAAUCUUACAAGAUGUAAAUUGUGUAUAACUGCACAGACUCCUUGCCCUAGGUGUCUGAGAACAUUUUAAGUUUAAUUCAUAUAUUAUAAAAUGACUAGAUGUGACUGUUGAUUUACAGGAUUUACAUAUCACAAAGAAGUUAAUUAUUUGUGGUACUUAAGUUAAUAAAAAAAUAGUGAUUUUUUUUUUUCUUUUCCUCUCAGUUCUUAGAAAGCAUUACCCAGUUGAUCUGGCGAUGAUUAUGUGUAUGAGCCACAAAUAUUGAUAAUUUUUCCAUUACAUUUUUUCUUUUCUUUUCUAGAUACUAAUAUGUUUCUCGCUAUAGUUUGUGUAACAACUUGUGUUCACGUUAUCUAUGUUGCUGUAAUUUUUGUGCUUUAAUUCCUCUUAUUUCAACUGAUUAAAAAAAAAAAAAAUCAAGCUCCUGUAACUUGCACUUUUCCCCAAUCCUUAAUACUCUUGUAUGGCAACCAAAAUUACUGUAAGAAAUAAAUAUAAUAUUGCACUAA